AUGUCUUGCAAUGUAGGUGGAUACACAGUUCCAAAGGGUGCCAAUGUGUUUUUGAAUGUCUGGGCAAUACACAGGGAUCCAAAAUACUGGGAAAACCCUACGGAAUUUGAUCCCAAUAGAUUUCUAAACCCCGAUGGAACAACCAAAUACGAUUAUUCUGGAAACAACACCAACUUUCUGGCAUUUGGAUCUGGUAGAAGAAGGUGUCCAGGAGUUCCUUUGGGUGAGAAGAUGUUGGUGUAUCUUUUGGCUUCAUUAUUGCACUCAUUUGACUGGACUUUACCAAAAGACAAAGAACAUGAGCUGUCUGAUAAAUUUGGGAUUGUCUUGAAGAAGAGAAAACCGUUAAUGGCAAUCCCUUCUCAGAGGUUACCAGACAAAGUUCUCUACAAUUAUUGA